GUUUUAUUUUGCAAGCUUUCACUCUGCGAUGGGAGGCGGCAGCGCCCCGACGCUCCCUUCCCAUCGCACGCCCCGCUGCCGCCGGCAGAACGGAACGCGCUGCGCGGGGCCGCGUUGCUCGGGGAAGGCACUGCGCGGACGCACCGGGUGCCGGGGCCGGGCCGGCCGCCAUGGCGGUGGACAUCACGCUGCUCUUCAAAGCCAGCGUGAAGACGGUGAAGACCCGUAACAAGGCGUUGGGAGUGGCGGCCGGUGACAGCGCCCGGGAUGAGCUGCUCAAGCGCAGCGCUGCCCGCUCCAGGAGCGACUUCACCGGGCGGGCACGGGAGGUGAUUUCCAAUAUUGGGAAGCUGAAAGAUUUUCUUCUUCAACACAGAAAGGAUUACAUUAAUGCAUACAGCCAUAUUAUGUCUGAUUAUGGGAGGAUGACAGAUACCGAGCGUGAUCAGAUAGAUCAAGAUGCUCAGAUAUUUAUGAGGACGUGUGCAGAUGCCAUUCAUCAGCUGAGAACAGAAGCACACAAGGACAUCCAGUCUGCUCAGGUGAAGGAGCACAGAACAGCUGUCUUAGACUUCAUUGAAGACUACUUAAAAAGAGUGUGUAAGCUGUAUUCAGAACAAAGAGCCAUCCGAGUUAAGCGAGUGAUAGAUAAGAAGAGACUGUCCAAACUUGAACCUGAGCAGAGCAAUGUGUCCAAAUCAGCUCUUUCUCCUGAAAAAUGUUCACAGAAUUCUUUAGAUGAGUCUGAAGAAAAACUUUCUGCAGAGGAAAAUAAAGACAGGAAUCUGCCCGACGCUCAGUCUAACCUUGGCCUAUGGGGGGAUGGUAAAGGUGAAGAUGAGCUGUCACCUGAAGAAAUACAAAUGUUUGAACAGGAGAACCAGAGGCUGGUUGGUGAAAUGAAUAACCUGUUUGAUGAAGUCAGGCAAAUUGAAGGAAAAGUGGUAGAAAUUUCCAGAUUACAAGAGAUAUUCACUGAGAAAGUCUUGCAACAGGAAACUGAUAUUGACAAUAUCCAUCAGUUAGUUGUGGGUGCAACAGAGAAUAUCAAGGAAGGCAAUGAAGACAUAAGAGAGGCAAUCAAAAACAACGCUGGAUUUAGAGUAUGGAUUCUUUUUUUCCUGGUGAUGUGUUCAUUCUCCUUGCUUUUCCUGGACUGGUAUGAUAAUUAAUUAAAAAUACCAUGUUGUCUACAUGCUUGGUAAAAUCUCACGGCUCUUUUUUUCUUCUGUUGAAUGGAGUUCAUGGUAUACCUGUAUACUUUAUGCAUUUUUUUCAUACUGCUAUGAUGGAAAUAUUUUCUAACAGCUAAGCACAACCAUAUGUCCCUUAAGGCAGAGAGAGGGUAGCAUUCAUUUUAAAUCCCUUUAUCAGAUCUGAAACCACACUUAAUCCUGCACACUUAAACCUCUGAAAGAACUCCUAAGAAAGCUGCAAGCUGGAGCACAGCUAAAGGGAAAAUUAAAAAAAAAAGAAAAAGUUUUACCAUUGUCAAAGUCUCCCACUUCUCUGAUGCUUUAGUCCAGCUCCCAGCGCACAGAA